GAUGUCAUUGUCCAAUCAGGUGCGAGAAAAGUCCAAAACUUCCUGUUUCGACAGUGACACGCGUGUGUCGGCAGCUAGCUCAGGUUUUAACGCAGUAAAGUGUCAAUAAGCUCUUCAUAAUGGUCCACCUGAGCAGAAUCUACUUCCGGAAGUACGGCAAGUUUGUGGACAAUCUGCGUCUGUUUGUGCGUGGAGGGAGUGGUGGCAUGGGUUUACCCCGUCUUGGAGGGCGGGGAGGUGACGGAGGAGACGUUUGGGUGGUAGCAACAAAAGACAUGACCUUGAAGAAGAUCAAGGACAAAUAUCCUGAGAAACGUUUCACAGCUGAAACAGGAGUCAACAGCAGUGUCCGAGCACUGAAGGGAGAGAAGGGGAAGAACGCAGAGAUCUUUGCACCUGUCGGUAUCACUGUCACCACCGAUGAUGGCAGAGUACUUGGUGAGCUGAACACUGAGGGUGUCCGUGUGAGGGUGGCCAAAGGUGGGGCCGGAGGCUCCUUCCACUCUAGGUUUGAACCGACCAAAGGUUGGAGCAGACACAUCAGAUUGGACCUCAAAUUGAUCGCUGAUAUGGGUCUUGUCGGAUUCCCAAACGCUGGGAAGUCCUCUCUCCUGACAGCCAUAUCCAACGCCAAACCUGAGAUUGCCAACUAUGCCUUCACAACUUUGAGGCCUGAGAUUGGAAAAGUCAUGUACAGUGAUCACAAACAGAUCUCCAUUGCCGACCUCCCAGGACUGAUUGAGGGGGCUCACAUGAACAAAGGCAUGGGUCACAAGUUUCUAAAACAUGUGGAGAGAACCAAACAGCUGCUGUUUGUUGUUGAUGUCUGUGGUUUCCAGUUGGCAACUUCAACACCAUUCAGGUCAGCGUUUGUAGCAGUGCAGCUUCUCACCAAGGAGCUGGAGUUGUACAAAAAGGAGCUGCUGCUGAAGCCUGCUCUGCUGGUGGUGAAUAAGAUGGACCUGCCAGAGGCUGACGACAAACUGGAGGAGCUGAAGGAGCAGCUGCAGAACCCAGGAGAUUUCUCUGCUCUGCUGCCUGACGACAUGAUACCAAACAGGUACCUGACCUUCAAACACGUGGUCCCCGUCUCUGCCAACACAGGGUUUGGUGUUGACCUUUUAAAAAGCUGCAUCAGAGAGUCACUGGAUGAAGAAGCAGUCAUGGCAACGAAAGAAGACCACAAAGUCAGACUGAAGACUCUUCGGCUCUCCCUCCCUGUGACAGAAACACAAACAAUGUCUGUCUGAUGGAUUAUGUCUCUGAUCAACAGAGAACAGCCUCCAGAGCCGGCGUCGGUAAUCACUCAGACUCAGUAUUGGGUUCAGGAGAACUUAUAGCAUCGGGCAGAAGAACGUGGGCAGGGAACAUUUCACAUUUAAAUUUUGACUCUGCCGACCGUCGCAGCCCAGAAGUGUCAGUGUGGACAAAGUUCUUCUUUGUUGUGAAAAACCUGUUGUAAAUAAAAGACUUGUAUUUGUA